AUGAUGAAGGAACGCACGCUCCCCUCUGUUCAGUCCGAUGUCCCUCUUAAGCGAAGGAAGGUGUCGAGGUUUUCUCAGUUGACAUCUGAUCCGACCAGUCUAGCAUUUUUCCUGAAGAAGGUGGAGGCAGAAGAGGAAGACAUAAUCAAGGAAUAUUUAUCAGAGUCGAACGGUGAGGAGUUACUGUCACUGCUGGAAGUCGGCAGCGAACGGAAGUCAAGCGAGCUGGCGGUAAUUCUCAAAGUUCUAGCCACAAUCAUCGUUCGGACGCGGACGGACCUCGCGGAUAUGUUUGCAGAUACAGGGCGCCGAUUGGCGGAAGGUGUGUUGGAGGAUGCUCCAUUAUCAGCUUGUUUUCGUGCUCUUAAGCCUCAGAGCAGCGCUGAAGCUGCAAAGGCUUCACUUCAACUGCUUGCAGCCGUGGUCUCAACGGACCCUGCAUUGCUGGGUCGCAGUCUGCUUCGCAGCAUCGACUUUGAGCACCCUGAUUGGGUACAGGCGUCACGUCGUCGAAACACCAAAGAUGUAACUGAUGUUCGCACCUGUUUUAUCAAUUUCAUCGCCUCCUUCCUCGUUUCCAACACCAACAUUCUGAUUCGUGAACUGCUGGAAUCGAGGAGUACGUCAGAUAAUGAGCGUUUGGAGGCGUUUGCCCAUCGAUUCGAUCGCACUAUUGGUAUCGGAGUGCUUCACAGACAAGCCGCAAAAUGUGGUGCUAAUUCUGACUCUUCUUCGUACAAGCAUAUGGGAGAGGCGCUGUCAAUGAAGGUAGCCCUGUCUCGCACUGACGCGGAGGUGGAUGCUGAGUCUGUAGAAGUUGUUCGACAAGCGCUUCAUAGCCUCCUCCUCCCUCUCACGUCUUCGCCCACUGCUGGUCUUGUAUUUCGCGAGCGUGCCUACCUUGAAGGCGGAAAACAGAAUGAGCACCUCCUCUCGUUACUCCUCUCACCACCGAUGGAGGGCGUAUUCGCGGACGAGAUGAGACGAGAUCUGGUUGUCAAUUGCCUGCUAGCAUGUCCAGCUCUUUUGCCCGCCUACUUAGCUCAUUGGACGGCCUCCAUGGUACCUCGCGAUUCGGAGAACUGGUACAAUCUGAUGGCAUUUGUUAAUGAGCUGUUCUCCACCUUCGAAACUCACAUGGUCAAGCGUGUUUCUCAACUGUUGGACUUGUCGCAAGACAUGGCCCAGUUUGUCGAAGGCGUCUCUGACAUCUGCUUGCCCCCGUUGUGCAUCGCCGAAAUACUAUAUUCAGCUUUUCAGCAUGAAAGCAAGGCGGUAGGAAAGGCGGCUGGUAGUAUCUACAGGACUCUUCGGCAAAAUAUGGUUCUCUUUCUGACCUGGCUGCACACAACCGAGGACCUGAAAACUAAGGGUUCCGCACCCGAGCCCAUCAUUCAGUCCAUCUGCAAGAUCCUUCCGGAGCGUGUUCUUGUGGAUAAAUGGUUGCAAAGGUUUUCCAAGACUCUACAAAAGGAGCACUGUGAUGUAUCUCUUUUGAAGGAUCAGGUUCUCCCAUCCACUGAUGCAGGGGAGGAGGAAGAGGUGAAGGAGAAUGAGGAAGAUCUUGAGGGUUCGAAGGAAGUGUUGAAUGCAGAAGCGAUGAUAGCUUCUCUGCCGAGAAAGUUUCAAUCGCGUCUUUUGGUGUUACACAAGUUGUUCCAAGAUCCGGAGACGGAGGUUUCAGAACGGGAGGCGGCGAAGUUGGUCAAAGCUUGGCCCCAAUUAGCUCCAGCCUGUCUUAUGACCUACUGGCAACAAUUCGUUGUCUUCAAUUGCCUGGCAGCAGCUGUUCGUUACUUCUCGCGAAGCAACGAUGCAAGUGGCUGGGUGCGGGCCGAAAGCAGCGAAUGUGUGGGCGAGAAGUUGUCACCUUGUCCAAUGCAGCUGCUCAAGCUCAUCUCCACCAACCACGUGUUUAAAGUAAUUCUACUAGAGAAGCCGACAACUGAGGAGUUUGCCACAAUUCCACUGACGCCACUCAAAACCGCGUUUGUUAAUCUGCUUCUUGCACUGGCUGAGGUUGAUCCGCAAACCACAGCGAAGGCAAUACCGCUGACUUGCAUUUUAGCCGCUUAUCAGGGCAGUUUGUCCGUGUGUGACCGGUUGUUGUUGCAGUUGAUCUACAUACUUGAUGUGAGCGGCUACUCCGUGUCAAGUAUUUGGGGAUUUUCGAGUCGGAAUGUGAUAUGGGGAGAUCGUAUCAUGGACCAUUAUCGUUUCGGUGAGACACUGCGCGAUGUGCCACAAUUGUGGCGGGAGUUGAAUGCAGGUGCUUUUUUGAGCAUUUUGGAUAAGGAUCGAUUGCUGAGCGGUGCACUUGCAUUUCCUGUUUCUCGUCGCUGCUUGGCACGAUCGAUGAAUGUGGAAGGUGUGAAUUUGGAUCCUAGUCAGUACGAUCCCUGCUUCCUGCUACCAUUGUUUCUUCAGUAUCUGUCGUCUGACAACUCGGAGGAGGAAUUGUAUCCUAGUUGCGUGGAUAUACGUGGCUUUUACUUGCGCAACUGCCUCGCCUUUGCGUUGAAUUUCAUGUUGGAUACCCUGCGGAAUAGCUUGAGCACCAAAGCCGGUGAGUUGGGCGGAGGGGCGCGGUGUUCAGUGCUAUUUGGUUCUCGCGCGGACACCUCCUUUCGAUUGUCGCGAGUCCAUGCCAACUUCUUCAUCCAGUCUCUGGGAAUGCUCACGAAACCUGAGCAUAGAAUGUACGAGGUGUUGUGGAACACCUACAUGGCGAAACCGGCCAUUGACUUGGGCGCGGUGCCGGACUUCAUACGAAUGGUAUACUCGGUUCACAAAGACUUUCGCGUGGAGCGGCAGUGGAUGGUAAAACUUUGUGCUGAUAGUGUCAAUGAUACCUCGGACUACCUCUUAUUGGAGAAAUCUCGGGUCUACAAGUACUGCCUUCUCUUGUACGCCGAUCCGGGAGUGGAUACUACCACCCAGAUACAAAUUCUUCGUCUCUUGACAGCUACUACAAGGAUUGCUCGAGCGUGUCACGCCUUAACACGUUUCCACGCCUUUCCACUGUGGUUGUUUCGACAUGCUCUCUCGACAACUCACUCGCCAUCUCUUUGCUACUUCUUCACUAUCAUAUCGCAGAUGGUGGCAGCAUUUGAGGAGGCGAAGGAGGACUCACCGUGUCUUUCUAUGCUGCGACUGCUUGACACAACCUUCAGGUUUGUCCGCAACCGUUGGCUAUUGGAUUGGAAAGAACUCACGGCGAAUCGACGUUUGGCGGACGAAGGAUAA